UUUUUUCAACCUUUUGUUUCCAACUUUUUCUUCCAACUUGUUUUUCCAACCUUAAUAUUCUCCCAACUUUUCCAACUUUUUCUUUCAACUUUUAUGUACCAACCUUUUUCCAACGUGUUUUUUAAACUUUUUUCCCAACUUAUUUUCCCCAACUUUUUUAUAAUCUUUUCCAACCUAUUUUUCCAAGGUUAUUUUUCCAACUUGUCUCCAACCUUAAUAUUUAUUUUCCCAACUUUUUCUUUCAACUUUUUUUUUUCCAACCUAUUUUUUCCAACCUUUUCCAAACUUUUUCUUCCAACCUUUUCCCAAUCUUUUUCCAACUUGUUUGUCCAACUUGUUUUUAUUGUCCAACCUAUUUAA